AUGAAGGAAGCUAUCGUUGACCAGGAGCUGAACGUGUCUAUUCAGGAUACCGCUGUUCCGGUUCCUGCGCCAGGCCAGGUCCUCAUCCGUGUUGUGGUAUCCGGCACCAACCCUAAGGACUGGAAAAUACCCCGCUUCCUUGCCAAAUCGCCCAGCAACCCGGGUGAUGACAUUGCCGGGUACGUUGAAAGUGUCGGCGAUGGAGUGGUCAACUUCAGGAAGGGUGACAAGGUGGCUGCGUUCCACCAGAUGAUGACCCCUGGUGGAAGUUAUGCUGAGUAUGCCAUUGCCUGGGAGCAUACAACCUUCCACAUUCCAGAGAAGACAAGCUUUGAAGAGGCCGCCACACUGCCCUUGGCUGCCAUGACAGCGGCCCUCGGCCUGUACCAGAUCCUGGGCCUACCCCUGCCCUGGAAGCCGACCAGUGCGCCACAGCCAUUGGUGAUUUACGGGGGAGCCACUGCUGUCGGAGCAUUUGCUUUGAAAUUUGCUCAGCUGUCGAACAUCCACCCACUCAUUGUGGUGGCUGGUAAAGGCCGUGACUUUGUCGAAACGCUCAUCGACCGCAGCAAGGGCGAUACGAUCAUUGACUACCGCGAAGGUGAUGAAGCGGUUCAGACCAAGAUCAAGUCCGCGGCGGCCGGAAAGCCCAUUCACCACGCAUACGACGCGGUGUCAGAGAAGGGAAGCUACCAGAACCUGUGCGCAUCGUUGACAGCCCCGGCAAGAUUACCGUGGUUCUCCCGCCCGCGGAAGAUUACCAGAUACCCGAGGGAAUCAGCAUCGAACGAACCUAUGUGGGAUCGGUGCACGAGUCACCCGCAGCGGGGAAGACAAUCGAAGAUCGCGAAUUCGGGGCCGCUCUGUUUUCGCUGA